GAGGGUGGGCAUAAUAUUCAGCCCAUGAAGUAAUUUCGCGGCCCAUAAUUUGGCGAACGUUUACUUUAGCUGUUGGGCCUCUGCCACGCGGCGCCGCCUCGCCGUACGCCGCCGCCGCCGCCGCCGCGAAGGCACCGGCUCGGAGGCGCUGCGGGCGCCGGCGGCGAGGCGGCCCUCUCCGGACGGCCUCCGCCGCUCCCAAACAGCGACGGUGGUACCGCCGCCCGGGGAGACGGCAGGCGCCUUCGACCCGACGCGCGCUCCCGUCUCGCCGGCGGCGGGAUGGCCUCCACCGCCGGCGCCGGGAGGCCGCCGUGGGACCCGACCGUAUCGCUCCGGCUGGGCCACCCGGCGCUCGUCCUCCUCGAGCGGUGCGGCGGCGGGGCGCGGCCGUUCAAGGCCAUCCUCGCCCACAUGCUCCGCCUCCGCCUCGCCUUCGAGACCUUCCCCAUGAGCAGGCUCCUCCACUUCGCCACCGUCUCCUUCCCGCACCACGCGCGCGCCGCCGAGACCCUCUUCGAGCACUUCACCCCUCGCCCCAACCUCUACAUCUACAACCUCAUGCUCUCUUCGGCCGCGGCGGCGGCGGCGGCGGCCUCCUCCUCGCCUAGUCGUCGGCCGGCUGCUCUCUACAUGUCGAUGCUGGCGUCAUCCAUUCACCCCGAUGAGCAAACCUUCCUGUCGCUGCUCAAGUCGGUGGAUGCGGAGCGCCGCUCCGUCGGGAAGCAGGUGCACGCGCACGUGGUGGUGACUGGCCUGCAUUCGCGCGUGUACCUCCGGAACUCGCUGAUCAAGAUGUACCUCGACGCCGGCGAUGUGGAGGCGGCGGAGGCGAUGUUCCGGUGUGCGCCGACGGCGGACGCGGUGUCCUGCAACAUCAUGCUGUCCGGGUACGUCAAGGGAGGAUGCAGCGGGAAGGCGCUGCGGUUUUUCCGCGGCAUGGCGUCGAGGGGGAUCGGUGUUGAUCAGUACACGGCUGUUGCUCUCCUCGCUUGCUGCGGGCGGCUGAAGAAGGCAGUUCUUGGUAGGUCCGUCCAUGGCGUCGUCGUGCGGAGGAUCGGUGUCGCGGAUAGGGGAUUGAUCUUGAGCAAUGCUCUCUUGGAUAUGUAUGCCAAAUGCGGGGAAAUGAACACGGCCAUGAGAGUCUUUGAUGAAGCUGGUGAGAGGGAUGGCAUUUCGUGGAACACUAUGGUUGCCGGAUUCGCUAAUGCUGGCUUGUUGGACCUUGCUAGCAAAUAUUUCGGUGAGGCGCCUGCCAGGGAUAUAAUAUCCUGGAAUGCGCUUCUGGCUGGAUAUGCUCGAUAUGAAGAAUUCUCUGCAACAAUGAUACUAUUUCAUGAUAUGCUUGCUAGUAGUGUAAUACCUGAUAAGGUGACUGCUGUUACUUUGAUCUCUGCGGUUGCCGGCAAGGGGACUUUAAAUUCAGCAAGGAGUGUCCAUGGUUGGGUGGUUAAGGAGCAUGGUACUCAAGAUUCUUUCUUAGCAUCCGCUCUUGUUGAUAUGUAUUGCAAAUGUGGAAGUAUCAAGCUAGCGUAUGCCGUAUUUGAGAAGGCCGUGGACAAAGAUGUUACCUUAUGGACAGCUAUGAUAUCUGGCCUUGCAUUCCAUGGCCAUGGAGAUGUAGCAUUGGAUCUUUUUUGGAAGAUGCAAGCUGAGGGUACAGAACCUAAUGGGGUAACUUUGGUUGCUGUUCUCAGUGCUUGUAGUCAUGCUGGCCUGUUUGAUGAAGGGUGCAAGAUUUUUGAUACCUUGAAGCAAAGGUUCAACAUUGAACCAGGAGUAGAACACUUUGGCUGUAUGGUUGAUCUCCUUGCACGAUCAGGUAGGCUGUCUGAUGCAGUAGAUUUGGCCAGGAGGAUGCCAAUGAAGCCAAGUCGGUCUAUAUGGGGUUCCAUUUUAAGUGCGAGUUCAGCUUGUCAGAAUACUGAAGUAGCAGAGAUUGCUUCAAAGGAACUCCUCUGUCUUGAACCCGCAGAGGAGGGUGGAUAUGUUUUGCUUUCCAACAUGUAUGCUGCUGAAGGUCAGUGGAACUACAGCAAUGAAGUAAGGGAGAAUAUGGAAAGGAAAGGAGUGAGAAAAUCAGCAGGAAUUGAAGCAGACAUUUUUAUUCAUAAAAGAUCAAAUUUCAGGGCAUGAUCUAGAUUCAUUAAGAACAAUUUUGCACUUCUCCAGUAAAAAAAAAAUCCUGCACUUCUAUGUGCAGUUUCAUGAACGUUGACAAGAUUGGGGGUGAUUGGGUGACAAUGGCCGGCAACAAUACCACAUUCUUAUCAAGCUACAAUCAGCAAGAUUACUAGUCCCAGUGCAGCAAUGGAUAAUGUGCUGGUAACUGUCCAUCAGGUUUCAGAAUUGUCAAUGGUCACCAAUUUCCCCUAUUUUUCAUCACCACCUGAGCAUAUUAAAUGCAUUUCUGCUCUCACCAUCUCCAUGCCAUCCCUUCUCGUUCACCACGCUUCACCAUAUGGCAUAUGAAAGGAGUGCCUGCACGGCUGCACCCCAUAGUCAAUGGUUUCCCCGAUUCAAGCAUUUACACACAAUCCUUGUUUCGGAUUAUCCAUUUUUAACCACAGGUCCACUGCACCAACUGUGCACAUUCUUGUGCCAUGACAACUAGUGCACACUCAUCCCCAGCCUUGCUGAGCUCACACAUGUACAGUAGGCACCACAAACAUCAAUGCCAGAUUAUUAACAGUGCAUGUAUCAUCAUGCUGGCAUCGCCUCUUGGGAAAUGCAUCCGUGCAGUUGAAAAAACGGAUGUCCUGCUGAAUUUUCAUUCUUUGCAUACCACUCCCUCCAUCCUCGACAAAUACAAGCACUCCUGAAAGUUUUAAGAUAAAUUAUGGUUGGGAUAAAAAUAUUUUCAUGCCUCCGGUUGAAUCCCUCAACCAUCACCUGAUUGUUUGGGAUGGGGAGUAGGUGAGGAAAUUGAACGAGGGGUAGCUGGACAAAUUUCAAACGCUAUAAUUGCUUUAUAUUUGUAGAGGAGGAUUCUCUCAGGGCCCUGAUUGGACAAAACCAAGAGUUCUAGAAAUUGACAGUACUUCAAAGGUGCCAACUUCCAAGGUUAGGAGAAACUGCUUUACUGCUGAAAGCCUGAAACAUGUGCGCCGGGAGCCCCUGGAAGUAUUGCCAUGCCAAUGCAAAACAAUAGAAGUUCUGUUCACCUAUAUUGAUGAGGACGGGGCUGCGAUUAACUGCUACCCGUAUAAUUGUACGAGCUUGGUAUGAAUACGAUGGGUCCACUCAGUGUAUGUACACAUAGCCCUUGCUCGAGGAGUUUCAGGAAACUGCAACUUUUCAAAUAUUCUAUACUUUUAUACAAGUUACAGAAUUUAGAAAAUAAAUUGAAAGUGAAAGGUUAGAAAAUGUAUCUUUCCUAUA